UCUCUCUUUCUGGGUUCUGGCAGCAGUGGUGGCAAAGCAAGAAAGAAAAAUCAUGGCGUCCUAUUUGCUUCUCUGGAUGCUCUUUUGCGUCCUCAACUUAGGCCUCCUUGCUAUCGUCUUCCACGCGUUGGCCUUGACAGACAUGGAAGCAGACCAACUUGACCCAUUUGAAGCAACAGCUCGAGUCAAUAAGUUCGUGUUGCCUGAGUUCAUCCUGCAAUGGAUCUUGUGCUUUCUCUUCCUCGUCACGGGUCACUGGGUCAUGGUUCUCAUUUCACUCCCCAUUGCCUGCUUUCAUUUGACGCUGUAAGUACCUAUCUAGCUAUCUACAUUGGGUUUCUGGUUGUUGUCUAUACUCUGUUGCUUUUGGGUUUAUGAAUCGGUAUCUAGGGACUGAAACUCUUAAGCCAUCAAUAGAGAAGAAUCAUUGGAUCAGUUCUUGUUUCUGCUGUGUGGUCUAAUUGUCUUUCUCUUGAAUUGUGUGGAUGUAGCUACUUGAAACGGAAGCAUCUAAUUGAUGUCACUGAAGUGUUCCGGAGUCUUGAUCGCGAGAAGAAGCAGAGGGUGAUCAAGCUAGGUAUCUACUUGGUCUUCCUCUGCAUUACCAUCUUCAGGGUGGCUCUGGUCAAGUUUGAUACUCUGAGAAGUGCAGCAGCUGAUCCCGUGUAUUUCAGGUGAUCAAUGAUAGCUGGCUGAUAACAGUGUACAUAUGAGAGAUGUGGUUUACCCAUAUUUCUGGUACUGCCCUCAUUGUUGUUAGAUAGAGGUAAUACAAUUUAAUAGUCAAACUUUUAAUUUUAAACAAAACAAUAACUAAAUCUUUCAAAAAACAAAAUAGUAACUAUUCCGUUAACUUUCCAUUCGAUUUAUCGUUAGUUGACUUUGACGUGGCAAUUUGGUUGUUAAGCUGUGGCAAUAUUAGUAUUCUUUAAUUUUAAUUUUUCAUAUAUUAU